AUGGUUCGUGUGAUGGUUUAUCAUCUGGUUCCAGUAUCGAGUACCUACUAACAGUAGAAGCCGCCAACACUUGUAAAUUCUCCCGUGGCUUCCUGCUAUUUUUCCACACCCAAUACUUUUCAAAGCAUUAUACUCUCACACUGUCACACAUGCUAUGCGUUGCUUUAUCCGUUUUCUUUUAUCAGUUUCUACUGUUUUCCUUUUCUUCUAGUAAUUGAAUACGUCGGUUCCAACAUUUUAAAGAUUCUGCCUUUGUUUCUUCUUCAUCCUUACACUAAGUGCCCAAGUAGGACCUUCGCCAAGCAUGGACGCCUUGGAUUCUGUGCUGGGAAUGGCCAAUGUGGCAUUCUUCUACGCGAUUUUGAUAUGGCUUUUGCUCCACAGCCUCAGACAAACCACGCGUGCUCAUGUUCGUGCUGUGCAUUUCAAACCAGGACCAAUGGUUUUCGCUGUGGUCACUGUUCUCGCCAGUGUUAUUGUUUCGGUUAUGAACAUUGCUCUUGCUUAUUACCAGUUUAGUUCUAAGAGAAUCUUAGGAUAUGGCUCUGUUUCCUUGCCUCUAACAUGGGUUCUGGCUACUAUGGUUUCGUUUUAUUCAAUGAGGACUAGAGUGAGGGAGAACAAAAGGUUCCCCCUUGUUCUCAUCCUAUGGUGGGUUUUUGCUUGUGUCAUAGAUGCACUCUCGCUGUGUAUGAAGAUGGUGAAGGAUUUUGAAUCGAUGAGCUUCUGGGUUUUUUUGUCGGAGGAUAACGUAGUUGAUGCGGUUUCUUUGCCCUUGUUGAUACUUCUCUGUUUCAAUGUGUGUACAAGGGAGCACAGUCAUACGGAACAAGAACAACUGUUACUGCAGAAAGAAGUGGAGAGAGAAGAGGAAGAGGUCUACACAAACGCGAGCACGUGGAGCAAACUCACAUUCCGAUGGUUGAACCCGGUUUUCGAUACGGGUCGGGUUAAAAAACUUGAACUUGCUGAUAUUCCUCCUGUUCCUCAUUCUGAAACGGCGGAAAGUGCUUCUUCGGUGUUGGAAGAAUCACUUCGGAGACAGAAACUUGAAGGGGGUUACUUGACAUGGGCUAUUGCUCAUUCUAUACGGAAGUCCAUGGCCUUAAAUGCAGUUUUAGCAGGUGUUAACACAGGUGCCUCCUAUAUAGGUCCCGUGUUGAUCACACAAUUUGUCAAUUUUUUAAUGGGGCAUGAUGGUGAUUCAAGCAUCCAAUAUGGAAUGCUUCUUGCAUUCAUUUUCUUCCUCUCAAAGACUCUGGAGUCUCUGAGUCAAAGACAAUGGUAUUUUGGUGCUCAACGAAUAGGAAUCCGGGUGCGUGCAGCUCUUAUGUCUCUGGUUUAUAGCAAGUCCCUAUCUAUGAAGUGUGCUGGAUCAACACAAGGUAAAAUCAUCAAUUUGAUCAAUGUGGAUAUUGAGAGAAUUGGGGACUUCUGCUGGUUCAUUCAUGGAGUUUGGUUGCUUCCAGUUCAGGUCAUUUUGGCCUUGUUAAUCUUAUACAUAAAUCUGGGUUAUAUCCCUUCUAUUGCUGCACUUGUUGUCACCAUGUUGGUCAUGGUGUGCAACACACCUUUGGCCAAUAAGCAAGGAGAUUUGCACUCUAAGAUCAUGGAGUCUAAGGAUGCAAGAAUCAAAGUGACAUCAGAGACCAUGAAGAAUAUCAGAAUUUUGAAAUUGCAUUCAUGGGAAAACACGUUCUUUCAUAAGCUCCUCCAACUUAGGGAAUCUGAGAGGAAGUGGUUGCAGAAAUACCUCUAUACAUGCUCAGCCAUAGCCACACUAUUCUGGACAUCUCCAACUUUAGUUUCUGUUGUCACAUUUGGUGCUUGUAUCCUGGUGAAAACAGAACUAACAGCAGCUACGGUCCUCUCAGCUUUAGCAACUUUUCGUAUUUUGCAAGAACCAAUAUACAACUUACCAGAGCUUAUCUCCCAGAUCAUUCAAACAAAAGUAUCUCUUGAUCGAAUCCAGGAAUUCAUUAAGGAAGAGGAUCCAAACCAAUUCAUAAAAAGGCAUACUCCAAAAAUUUCAGCAGUUGCUAUUGAAAUUAAGCCAGGCGAAUAUGCAUGGGAAUUAAAUGAUCAAACCCACGAGAAACCAACUAUUCAAAUUACAGGAAAGUUGGUUAUAAAGAAGGGUCAGAAGGUAGCAGUUUGUGGGUCAGUGGGGUCUGGCAAAUCAAGUUUGCUCUGCUGUAUGCUUGGGGAGAUUUCAUUAGUUUCUGGGGCAGUAACCAAAGUCUAUGGGACUAGAAGUUAUGUACCCCAAAGUCCAUGGAUUCAGUCUGGAACUGUAAGAGACAAUAUAUUGUUUGGCAAGCAAAUGAACAAGGACUUUUAUGAAGCUGUUUUGGAUGGUUGUGCUUUGAACCAGGACAUCAGCAUAUGGGGUGAUGGGGAUUUGACCCUGGUAGAGGAGAGGGGCAUAAACUUAAGCGGCGGCCAGAAACAGCGUAUUCAGUUGGCAAGGGCUGUUUACAAUGAUUCAGAUGUUUAUUUCCUCGAUGAUCCUUUUAGUGCAGUUGAUGCUCAUACUGGAACCCAUUUGUUUAAGAAAUGUCUCAUGAAACUUCUGUAUGAUAAAACGGUUGUCUAUGCUACACAUCAACUGGAAUUUUUGGAAGCUGCAGACCUCGUUUUGGUUAUGAAAGAUGGAAGAAUAGUAGAGUCUGGAAGGUAUAAAGAUCUCAUAGCAUGUCCAAACUGUGAACUUGUUCAACAAAUGGCUGCUCACCAAGAUGCAGUAAACCAAAUAAAUCCAUGCCAGGAAGAUGAAUCUGCCAGCUGCAGACCCUGCCAAAAAAAUCAAAUUGAAGUUGCUGAAGAAACUAUUCAAGAGAUCAACGAUGAUUGGAGCAGAAAUAAAGAAGAGGAAGCAGAGAUGGGUCGAGUGAAAUGGAGUGUUUACUCAACCUUUGUCACAUCAGCUUAUAAAGGAGCACUUGUUCCGGUUAUUCUUCUCUGCCAAGUUUUCUUUCAAGCUUUACAGAUGGGAAGCAAUUAUUGGAUGUCUUGGGCCACAGAGCAGAGGGGCAGGGUCAACAACAAGCAGCUUAUGGGAAUAUUUGUUCUUCUAUCCUGUGGUGGCACCAUCUUCAUACUGGGAAGGACUAUUUUAAUGUCAGUUGUUGCCGUGGAAACUGCUCAACGCCUUUUUCAUGGGAUGAUCACAUCAAUUUUCAGGGCACCUAUUUCAUUUUUUGACACCACACCUUCAAGCCGAAUUAUGAGUAGGUCUUCAACGGAUCAAAGUACUGUAGACACAGACAUACCAUACAGAUUAGCUGGACUCGUAUUUGCACUUAUCCAGUUAUUGAGUAUCAUUGUGCUAAUGUCCCAAGUUGCCUGGCAAAUCAUGCUCGUCUUUCUUGUGGUGCUUGCUAUUUCCAUUUGGUAUCAGGCUUAUUACAUCACAACAGCCAGGGAAUUAGCCCGGAUGGUAGGGAUUCGAAAGGCACCAAUCUUGCAUCACUUUUCAGAAUCAAUUGCUGGCGCUGCCACAAUCCGCUGUUUCAAUCAGGAGCAACUAUUCUUGACCAAAGUUGAGGCUCUAAUUGAUGAUUAUUCUCGGGUAGCCUUUCACAAUUUUGGCACCAUGGAAUGGUUGUCUGUCCGAAUCAAUUUCCUCUUCAAUUUGAUCUUCUAUUUUGUUCUCGUCAUCUUGGUUACUCUACCAAAGUCUACAAUUGAUGCAAGCUUGGCAGGACUGGUAGCUACUUAUGGUUUGAACUUGAAUGUCCUUCAGGCUUGGGUGAUAUGGAAUCUUUGCAAUGUUGAGAACAAAAUGAUAUCAGUAGAGAGGAUAUUGCAGUUCUGUAGAUUACCAAGUGAAGCGCCAUUAAUUAUCCAAGAUUGCAGGCCUGAACCAUUAUGGCCAAAGGAGGGAAAAAUUGAACUUCAUAACCUUCAUAUACGGUAUGAUCCAGCUGCUCCUAUGGUCCUAAAAGGUGUCACUUGUGUCUUCCCAGGACAAAAGAAAAUUGGUAUAGUAGGCAGAACAGGGAGUGGAAAAUCUACACUGGUGCAAGCCCUUUUCCGAGUGGUGGAAUCUUCAGAAGGAUGUAUAGUUAUUGAUGGUGUAGAUAUUUCCAAGAUUGGUCUGCAAGAUUUAAGAUCCAAGCUUGGUAUAAUUCCUCAGGAUCCAACCUUGUUUCUAGGUACUGUAAGGACUAACUUGGAUCCUCUUGAAGAACAUGCAGAUCAAGAACUUUGGGAGGUUCUCAGAAAGUGCAAUCUUGCUGAAAUAGUAAGGCGGGAUCCAAGACUUCUUGAUGCACCAGUGGCUGAGAAUGGAGAGAAUUGGAGUGUUGGACAAAGGCAGCUUGUUUGCCUUGCUAGGCUACUACUGAAGAAAAGAAGAAUUUUGGUACUAGAUGAGGCAACUGCAUCCAUUGACACUGCCACUGACAAUUUAAUUCAGAAGACAAUUAGAGAAGAAACCAGUGGAUGCACAGUCAUUACAGUAGCACAUAGAAUUCCUACAGUUAUUGACAACGAUUUGGUUUUGGUCCUUGAUGAAGGAACAAUUGUGGAGUAUGACCAACCGGCUCAAUUGCUACAGAACAACUCUUCUUCGUUCUCAAAGUUAGUCUCAGAAUUUUUGAGGAGAUCAACCAAAACUUAGUCUGUGUAACUUCCAAAAAUGAUAGAGAAUGAGGACAGGUAGAAGAUAUUUACAGGAUAGUAUAGCAGUGACAGACCCCAUCAAACUGUACAUAGAGAAAAGUUAGGCCCAAUGCUGAGCAGAAUUAGUUAAGGAUAAAGGUUUAUGUAGAUUUGGGGCUCCUGAUCACAGUAUAAUAGUUGUUAGUUGCUGUUCUCAUGCCACGAACACGACUGAUUCUUUUACCAAUUUUUCCUCUUAACAAAUUUAUACGUCUUGCAAUUAAUGAUUGUUUCUACA